AAUAGGAAGUGGUCUUGAAGCGGGGGUAGGGUGGCUGCGUGUUUCCGGAAGACGUGGCGGCUCUCGCCUGGGUUCCCUCCCAGUCUCAUUUCUCCCGACUCAGCUUCCCACCCUGGCCAUUCCGAGGUGGUUCCGCCACUGCCCUCACCACUGCAGCCAUGAUCUCCCUAACGGACACCCAGAAAAUUGGAAUGGGAUUAACAGGAUUUGGAGUGUUUUUCCUGUUCUUUGGAAUGAUUCUCUUUUUUGACAAAGCACUACUGGCUAUUGGAAAUGUUUUAUUUGUGGCUGGCCUGGCUUUUGUAAUUGGCUUAGAAAGAACAUUCAGAUUCUUCUUUCAAAAACAUAAAAUGAAAGCUACGGGAUUUUUUCUGGGUGGUGUGUUUGUAGUCCUUAUUGGCUGGCCUUUGAUAGGCAUGAUCUUCGAAAUUUAUGGAUUCUUUCUCUUGUUCAGGGGCUUCUUUCCUGUGGUGGUUGGCUUUAUUAGAAGAGUGCCAAUCCUUGGAUCUCUCUUAAAUUUACCAGGAAUUAGAUCAUUUGUAGAUAAAGUUGGAGAAAGCAACAAUAUGGUAUAACAACAAUUGAAUUUGAAGACUCGUUUAAAAUAUUGUAUUAUUUAUAAAAUCUUUUGAAGAAUAUUCAGCACAAAAUUAAAUUACAUGAAAUAGCUUGUAAUGUUCUUUACAGAAGUUUAAAACGUGUAGCCUACAAAGUAUCAACAGCAAUUAGCAAGGAAGCGAUGAGAACAGGCUUCUAGUCAAGUGACCUGAGAAGUCCGCAAGCAGACUGAGGGGAGAGGAAACCCCUGUUACAAUGCAGACUGAAACUCUGAAGGCUAUUUGAAUUGUUUUUCCACAAGGUGUGCGAAACACAGCCAUCUUUAGAGAACUGUGAUGCCUGUUUCUUUUCUUUUUAUUUUGAAAGCUCAGGAGCACCCAUAGGAAUUGCUUUUUAGAAUAUCUACUACAAUGGCAAAAAUAUUUCCAGUUGCACUGUGUCUCUGAAAGUGAUGCAUGAUUGGAUUGAAUUAUGUCAUUUUAAUGUAUUCAAACCAAGGAAAACCCAGUUUUGAUGUACAAAUCACAUUUUUUUUUUUGUAAACAUGGUUAAAAUAAAACUUUUGUCAGUCUUCUGGAUCUUGCUAUUU